AUGUCACAGCUUCACCUGAAUGAUGUGACGGCAGCCACAAGACAGAAGAAGCACCAAUGCUUCACCACACACCAGCUGCAGAAUCUUGAAAUGAAAAUACUUACAUUUCUGAAGGAGGAGCUCAAACAGUUUAAGAAAAUAGUGUGCAACGAAAAUGCUCAAUACCUUGUAAAGGACUUUAAUAAGAACAGAAGUUGUAAAAAAGAAGCAGCUCUUAAUCUCACACUCUGCUUCCUGAGAGAAAUGAAGCAAGAUGAAGCUGCCGAUACUCUAGAAGAUAAGCUGGUCUUGGUUCAUCAAUUAAAAUGUGACCUAAAGAAGAAGUAUCAGUGUGUGUUUGAAGGAAUUGCACAGCAAGGAGACUCCACACUCCUGAAGAACAUCUACACAGAUCUCUAUAUCACUCAGGGUGCCAGUGAACAGGUCAAUACUGAACAUGAGGUCAGACAGAUUGAAGUUGCUUCCAGACGUCAUGAAGCUCAAGAGAUACAGGUUGAAUGCAGACGUUUGUUUGAAGCGUCUGAACAAGACAAGCAGAUCAGAACUGUCCUGACAAAAGGAGUUGCUGGCAUCGGGAAAUCAGUCUCUGUGCAAAAAUUUGUUCUGGAUUGGGCCGAAGGAAAAGAAAAUCAAGAGAUCAGCUUCAUAUUUCCUCUUCCAUUCAGAGAGAUGAACUUAAAGGAGAAAGAAAAACUCAGUUUGAUGGAGCUUAUAACUCAGUUUUUCCCAGAGACAAAAGGACUGAACUUUACAAGAAGGAAUCGAUUCAAAGUCCUGUUUAUCCUUGAUGGAUUGGAUGAAUGUCGUCUUCCUCUGAACUUUGCUGGUAAUGAGAUGUGUUGUGAUGUUUUGUCACCAGCCUCUCUGGAUGUUCUCCUGACGAACCUCAUCAAGGGAAAUCUGCUUCCUUCUGCUCUCAUCUGGAUCACCAGCAGACCAGCAGCUGCCAGUAAGAUUCCUCCUGACUGUAUCGACAGAGUGACAGAGAUACGAGGAUUCAAUGAUGCACAAAAGGAGGAGUACUUCAGAAAAAGACUCACAGAUGAGAAUCAGGCCAAAGAAAUCAUUGAUCAUGUUAAACAAUCAAAGAGUCUCUUCAUCAUGUGCCACAUCCCAGUCUUCUGCUGGAUUUCAGCCACUGUUCUCCAGAACAUUUUACAGGAGAAGAGAAAUAAUGAUGUGAAAAACAAUCAGGCUGAUGACGCCUCCAAAACACUGCAGGAAUCAAACACUGAAGACACUCCCAAGACUCUGACACAGAUGUACACACACUUUCUGCGCUUUCAGAUCCAGCAGAGCAGACGAAAGUAUGAUGGAGAAAACACACCAGAUGUGUCCUGGGAUAAAGACGCCAUCCUUUCACUGGGGAAACUGGCAUUUCAUCAGCUGAAAAACAGCAAUCUGAUCUUCUAUGAGACAGACCUGGAAGCCUGUGGUAUUGACGUUCAUAAGGCCUCAGUUUACUCAGGCAUGUGUACCCAGAUCUUUAAGCAGGAAACAGGGAUUGUUCUUGGUACCAUGUACUGCUUUGUUCACUUGAGUGUUCAAGAGUUUAUUGCAGCCCUUUAUGCACAUCUGAUUCUGGACAUCAACAAGAAAAGUGUGUUUGAUCAAGACUCUAAAAGCAGAAAUGAGUCCAUGAUUGAUUUGCUGAAGACUGCAGUGGACAAGGCACUUGAGAGUGACAAUGGGCACCUGGACCUUUUCCUUCGCUUCCUUCUCGGCUUGUCUCUCCAGUCCAAUCGGCAACUCUUACGAGGCCUGUUGACACAGCAAGACCACAAUGACCAGAGCAAAGAGGAAAUAGUUCAGUACAUCAAGCAGAAGUUUGAAGCGAAUCUUUCUCCAGAGAGAUUCAUCAAUCUGUUCUACUGUCUGAAUGAACUGAACGACCAAACUCUGGUGAAAGAGAUUCAGUCUCACCUUAGCAAAGGAAGUCUCUCAUCUGCUGAUCUUUCACCUGCCCAGUGGUCUGCUUUGACCUUUGUGUUGUUGACAUCAGAGGAGGAGAUGGAGGAGUUUGAGCUUCAGAAAUUCAAGAAAUCAGAUGAGUGUCUCAUCAGACUAUCAACAGUUGUCAAAUCCUGCAGAAGAGCUCUGUAA